CUCUCCUCCACGAUGACAACAUUAGCCGAUCGAUAUCAUAUGACAAAGCGAUUGGGAGACGGCACAUUCGGAGAAGUUCUUCUGGCCAGGAAAAUCGAUACUGGAGAUAAGGUUGCCAUAAAACGGAUGAAGAAAAAGUUCAAGACCUGGGAGGAAGCGACUGCCCUGCGAGAAGUAAAAGCGCUGAAAAAAUUGCCGCAUCCGAACAUCAUAAAGCUCAGGGAGGUGAUCAGAGAAAACGAUGUUCUUUAUUUUGUCUUCGAAUAUAUGCAAGAGAAUCUAUACGAGUUAAUGAAAGACAGGGAUCGAUAUUUCCCAGAAGGAGUGAUCCGAAAUAUUAUCUACCAGAUACUUCAAGGACUUGCAUUCAUGCAUCGCAACGGGUAUUUUCACCGAGAUAUGAAGCCAGAGAACAUUAUGUGUAAUGGAACAGAGCUGGUGAAGAUCGCCGAUUUUGGGUUGGCAAGAGAAGUGCGUUCGAAACCACCGUACACGGACUACGUCUCAACGAGAUGGUACCGAGCUCCAGAAAUACUUCUUCGAUCCACCUCCUACAACUCGCCAAUUGACAUUUGGGCGCUCGGAUGCAUUAUGGCGGAACUUUAUAUGCUACGACCUCUGUUCCCUGGUACCAGUGAACUGGAUCAGUUAUUCAAGAUUGUCACCAUUCUAGGAACACCGACUAAGGAGGAAUGGUCAGAGGGAUAUCAGCUCGCAAGUGCAAUGAAUUUCCGAUUUCCACAAGCUGCUCCAAUGCAAAUGGAAACUAUUGUAAACACGAUAGGAAAAGAUGGCAUGAAACUCAUGAUGGACAUGAUGACGUGGAAUCCAGAAAAACGGCCAAACGCCGGACAAAGCCUCAAGUACAAAUACUUCCAAGUAAACGAAAAGCUGGGAGCACCUGUGAUGAGUCAGCCAGCUACAGGAAGCGUCAGGAAGAGCAGCGCCAGUAGCACUCAAAGUGACACUAAGGCCAUUGUCAAACAAAAGGUAGCCGUCAUGGAAUAUCCCGGCUCCGAAAACGUUUCACCUCAUGGAAAACCGAUCGAACGACAUGUGAAUCGGAACAUUCCAUUGAAUAAAACAGAGAUUACAAAGAACAAAUCGGGCGAAAAACGACCUGCCAAAGAAAUUUAUCUGUCCAAAUCGAAAUUUAUUCCAGGAGGGCUUCCCAAGAGUUUCUCACGAGAAAAGAAAACUGCAUCACAGAGCAUUUUUUUCAAAACGAAAAGAAGUGGAGCCGCUAGUCUCAUGAACAAAUGGUUUAUCUUUCAUCUUCAAGUGAACCAUUAA